ACUUUUUAACACCUUCUUCCAUGUUAUGUACCACUCAUGAUGCCUCUGAGCCUUUGCAACUGUCUGCCGGCUGAAGUGAAGAUGAACCGUUGCAACAGCGAUCGAUGCGAUUUACGUCUCCUCUUUCCCCGGCUGUACAUUGGUUGGUUGCACUUCAAUUGAUUGAACGGGCAGGCGCCAGUGACGGUUCGGCCUCGACCAUCCGACGUCGACGCAGACAUCGGAUGAUGGAUGGGCUCUACCGCCUUCGAGAUCACACCUGCGAACACCAAGCCGGUGCUAUGCCAGCACCUUCGUCCCAAGGAGGUGGUUCGGUUCUCAUCCGAUUGCUUCCCCUUCAGCUUCCAUCCCGUUGCCUGACAUCUGAUGAUAUCUGACCGCAGGGCAACAUCGUCCGCCCCCCUUCGCCAUUCGUUCCAUCAAUAAAAUAACAUGGCCGUCGUGAUUAGUGUCUUCUCUAGCUACAGAGCUGAAAUUGUACAUCAAUCAACCGUGAUACUGCCAUGAACAGGCGACAGAUUCGCUUGAUUUUCUAUCUUGCAGUCCUGAGUCCCAUUGCCGCAGUCGUCUAUCACCACCUUUUGCCAUCAAUACCCGACUCAUUUAUAACAGACCUUGUCAACAGACUGUUCCCGUCUGAAACAUCCGCCAUGACAUCACAGGCCUCGCGUCCCGGUGUCAUCAUAGUCGGCGGCGGCCUUGCCGGGCUUUCUGCCGCUUACUCCGCCCUGUGCGCCGGCGCCCCUUCAGUUCGCCUGCUGGAACGUGCCCCGAAGCCAGGAGGCAACAGCAUCAAGGCCUCCUCGGGCAUUAACGGGGCGCCCACCCGCUUCCAACAGGCUGCUUGGCCUAAUCUAGGCCCUGAUGAGACCUUCUGGGACGACACCGUCCGCUCUGCCGGCGCUCGCCUCUCCUCGCAAACCACAAGUCAGCCUGCGGCCAGGGCCCAGCGCGAGUCCCUCAUCUCGGUCCUCACCCAGCGAUCCGCUGAUGCCAUCAACUUCCUCGCCGAUCUCGGCGUGGAUCUCACCGUGGUGGCACAGCUCGGAGGCCAUAGUCAUCCACGAACACAUCGUGGCGCUGGCAAGACGCCUCCAGGCGCCGCCAUCAUCACCACCCUUGUCGCAAAGCUGAAGGAGGCGGGAGGAGACCGGUUCGAGCUGAUGACCGAUUGCGAGGUCACCAGGCUGCUCACCGACCCCAUUAAUGCUGCUGUCUCUAGCAACGGCAACGGCGGCUCUUCAGUCGACCACCAAUCCGUAACCGUUACUGGAGUUGAGUACAGAUCGACCAAUGACAGCGGCAAUGGCGGCAGCGGUGAUGACGGUACUUCUCUUCACCAACUUACCGGCCCCGUGAUCUUCGCCACCGGCGGUUUCGGCGGUGACACGCACGGCCUGCUGGCCCGCUACCGCCCAGAUCUGGACGGCAUGCCCUCCACCAACGAUCCGCGACCGGGCACCCACGAUCUGCUUGCCGCCGUUGGUGCCAAGCUGGUCGAUAUGGACAGCGUGCAGAUUCACCCGACCGGCUUCGUCGAUCCGGCCAAUCCAUUGGCGCCCGUCAAAUUCCUUGCCGCCGAGUUACUGAGAGGUGAAGGUGGCAUACUGCUGCACAACAGUAAGAGGUUCGUCAACGAGCUGGAAACAAGGGAGCAUGUGAGCAACACCAUCAUGGCUCUGCCGGGCGACGGAGUCGAAGGCGCCUCUUUACGCCAAUGGGACAUUCAACUCCUGCUCGACCCAGGCGCGGCCGAGGCUGCUGCGGGCCACAUGGGGUUCUAUCUGUGGAAGGGCCUGAUGAAGAAACUAAAGGUUUCCGAACUAGAUGCAACCACCAAGGAGACGCUGGAGGAGUAUGCAAGCAUUGUGAGGAGAGAAAAGGAAGAUCCGUUCCGUCGCAAGGCAUUCGGGCACUGGAAACUUGGUGUAAACAGUGACGGUAUUGUCGAUGAAAACGCAGAGGUGUGCGUGGGCCGCGUUACGCCCAUUGUGCAUUUCACCAUGGGUGGUGCCGUGUUCAAUGAGCAUGCCCAGGUGCUUUCGUCCGAGCUGGGGGAGGAGCAGAAGCCUAUCCAGGGACUGUGGGCCGCUGGCGAGAUUACUGGCGGCAUUCAUGGCGAUAAUCGCCUUGGCGGUUCGUCGUUGCUGGAGUGUGUGGUCUUUGGAAGAAUCGCGGGGGCCGAGGCGGCUGACAUUGCGAAGAGGGCUUACAUCUAAGGCCUGAUGGUAUGUACUGAUGUUUGGAAGUGGCCUACGGAUGACGGCCAAACAGACGCUUUGAAGGGCGAAGUCAAUGCCCUGCAGGAUUAGACUAGUGUCUCCCUGCUGGGAGAAUGAUAGCAGUUUACAGGGGAGCUGUGAUAUGACCUUUCAGGAUUUGGCGUUGGCGUUACGGUCACCGGAGUUUGGCAUGUUUUCGGGCUACAAAGUGUCGUUGCAAAACGACCCUACUCUAUAGAUUAUCCACAUGGGCUUCUUGACCAAGGUAUGCGCAUCAGUUCAGCAUAGGAUGUCCACCCCUGGCUCGAGGAAUAUCGAGGCCGAGAGCAGUUGCGCUUUUAGAAUUGAACAGCAAGGAGCAAUCGCAAUGACGUGAGGUUGUGUAUAAUUAUUCCUUGGUUCCGAACUACUUUUCAACGACUUAAAUUGCUCAGCCCACGUGACUCAGUGGUAG